AACUCUCCCGAAAGCAUAUGACCUGACCCAGCCCCACCCUGUCCUGUACAAAUACUCCCUGGAGGGGAGACGGUCUCAGUCUUCCUGUCCCUUCUCUACAUUCCUAGGUGUUCUGUGUGUCGCUUCCUGCUCUUGCCCGGUAAAGAUGCAUCCAGGUGGCAAGGGACACUGCCAGGGUCAUUCUCACUGUGGGCCACCUCCUGCCCAUGGUCCAGGACACUGUCCUGGGGGAAAUCACCCUCCAGGGCCUGGUGGCCCAUCCCAUGGCCAUGGUCCAGGACACUGUCCUGGGGGAAAUCACCCUCCAGGACCUGGUGGCCCAUCCCAUGGCCAUGGUCCAGGACACUGUCCUGGGGGACAACAUCACCCUCCAGGACCUGGUGGCCCACCCCAUGGCCAUGGCUCAGGGCACUGUGGGUCUCACCCUGGUCCACAUCACUGAGAAAUCAGAAGAAACGAAGACACAAGAUGAGAAGUCUGCAUGGAAUUUGCUGUCCUGGCACCGGGCCUAAACUAGAAUUUUCCCUUGCAAAUAAAUAGCCUCCUGGAGGCCAUAUUUGUUCUUGUUA